GCUGUUGAAGAAAGUUGAUCAGCAACUCUGAGUUCGAUCUGAUAAUAUCAUUAUUACUGUAUUUACUCGUCCAGUAUGAGCUCAAAAUAAUUUCGCUGAGGUUAGCAAUUUGUCAGUAUUUUACGUUAUUAUGACGCAAAGUUCUAUAUUUAGCCCAAAUUCUCCCAACCUAUAAAAUCCUGUUUCGACUUGCAACAUUGAACACGGAAGGGAAGUCAGCAUCGAAAGAAAGCGGCCACAACUAAGGCAAAAUGGUUCACUUCGGUCUAAUCGAUAGUUCACGGAACCAAGUCCCUCUGCAACGUAUAGAAAUACGAGCUAAGGUCCAUGGCUACACGGCUGAAGUCAUUGCUACAAUGACUUACAAUAACAAGAUGAAAAAUCCGAUUGAAGCGGUUUAUAUUUUGCCACUUGACGAGGAAGCGGCGGUGUGUGGGUUUAAAGCGACGAUUGACGGUCGAACUAUCGUUGCCGAGGUACAAGAGAAGCAAGAAGCGAGAGAUACAUACGACGAUGCUAUUAGUAGUGGUCACAGUGCCUUCCUGCUCGAGGAAAGCGACGAGAGCUCGGAUAUUUUUCAAAUCAACGUCGGAAACCUUCCUGCGGAAUCAACGGCAAAGGUAGAACUAACGUUUGUGUGUGAGCUUACCGUGGAGAAGGAGGGAAGGGUGUGCUUUCUACUUCCUACAGUGUUAAAUCCAAGAUACACACCACAAGGCGGAAAUUCUAUCACUGCUUCUCUCCCUCGUGUCGACUCCGCAUACGAGUUUGACUUUGAGCUUCUCGUGCAGAGUGCGUCCGAAAUACAAGAAAUAACCUCCCCCCACAGUAAGCUUAACGUUGUAAUAAGCUCCGAGGAUAAAUGCCAAGCGACAGUACGCUUAGCAGAACCAUUCAAGUUCGAUGUUGAUGUAAAGGUGAUGAUACUCAACCGUGACCCCUUUCUUCCACAAGCAACCUUUGAAAAUGGCGUGACAGGAUCGAACAUCACGCAAGAUUUCCUUGAAAAGCCCUUGGUCACGCUCAAUUUCAUGCCAGAUUUUGGCAAACAAGAAGCAUUAGAAACUGGUGAAUUCAUAUUCGUGAUAGACAGAAGUGGCAGUAUGAGCGGAGACAGAAUAAAAAAUGCCAGAGAAACACUUUUCCUUUUCCUAAAAAGUUUGCCUGAGCACUGCCAUUUCAAUGUCGUGGGGUUUGGAAGUUCGUAUGAAAAGCUGUUCUCUUCCAGCACAAAGUACAGCGACAGCAGCGUAAAGAAAGCAUGUAACCACGCUAAGAAUUUGGAAGCCAACCUGGGUGGCACAGAAAUAUUGGAGCCGUUGAAAUAUGUGUUUUCCCAGCCGGUUAUCAAGGGUUCCCCUCGCCAGGUGUUCCUCCUGACGGAUGGGGAAGUGGGGAACACACAGCAAGUGAUCACUCUUGUCAAGAAAAAUUCCUCUCAUGCAAGGUGCUUUACUUUUGGUAUUGGCCAGGGAGCAUCUACGGCACUCAUCAAGGGCGUCGCCAGAGCGGGUCAAGGAACCGCGGAGUUCAUCACGUCAAGCCAUCAAAUGCAAGCUAAGGUUGUUAAGACACUUCGCAAUGCCCUUCAACCUUCAAUGGAAGACAUUAAAGUCACAUGGGACCUACCCCACGGAUGGGAUUCACAAACUAUCCCUAAGAACUUACCCCAAGCCCUAUUCAGCGGAAAUCGCAUCAUAGUCUAUGGGCUUCUCAGCAAACAAGGGGGCGGCCGUGAUGAAGAGCUUCAAGGCAAGGCGACCCUUCAGGCUACCACUCGAGACAAUACCAGCAAUAUGCGAACCAUCACACAUGAGGUUGCAUUCAAGCUAGAGUUGAAGGAGAGUGACGGAUGUUCCAUGAUGCACCGUGUGGCCGCAAAAAGGUUUAUCCAGGAACAACAAGAUGCCAUGGAAGAAGACGCCUCUAGCUGGUCGGAUGAUCUGAAAGCCAAGGUCAUUAAUAUCAGCAAGGCUGCCAAUGUUGUAUCCAAGGUGACGUCAUUUGUCGCCGUGGACAGCGAAAGUCAUGUUCCAAUACAAAAACCCAUGAGGGAAAGCUCUGAGAUGUAUGCUUUAAAAGAAUGUGGGUUUAUGGGCGGUGGAGGUGCUUUAUCUUCAGCGCCAGCCCCAAGGAAAUGUUAUAGUGGAGGUGCUUCAGUAGUCAGGAUGCAAAAGAAAGGUGGAGUGGGUUUUAGUUUCUCCGUUCCUAAAGUAUUCCUUCCCAAGAAAAAGUCAGCCAAAAGUAAGCCCCAGCCCAAAGGUCCAAGUCCCCAGCUCUCACGUAUGAGACACUCGCCCAUGGCUGCAGAAUCGAUGUGCUAUGACCCUACCAUAGAAGACAGCUUUGAUGACAUACUAGCCGAGGAAGAAAAGCUUUGUAUGCCUUCCGCUGAGGGAUUUAUAAAGAAAGAAAAGAAAAAGGCGUCCUCUUCUCUGACCCUAGAGCUCAUCGCUCUUCAAUCAGCAUCGGGUACAUGGACCCUCAGUGCAGAGCUUGCCGCCAUGCUGGGCGUUCCUGUGGAUAACCUUCAAAAGGCGUGUCCUGAUGGGGUCGUUUUUCCUCUGUGGGCAACAGCUCUUGCACUAGUCUGGCUACAUGCAAAGUGUGCCGAGAAGAAAGACGAGUGGCAAAUGGUAGGAGACAAGGGUCGAAGAGCUCUUGAGAGAGGUUUACCAGCCGGAAAGACCUAUAAAGAAGUGCUAGAGAGAGCAGCGACGACUCUUGGAGUCAACCUUCCAGAUACGGCUUUUUGAUAAGUGCAGUCAUUACUGUGUAUGUGACCACUGGUCUUUCAAGUCCCUUUCAAUGAUUACAGAUAUCAAUGCGAGCUUCAAAUAAUGAAAAGAUCGCUACAUUUCGAACUCCCAGAGGCAACUUUUUCCGAUACUAACCCUCCCUCCCAGCCCAUAUUAGGCACUCGUUUUCUAAUGGUCUGAAAAAGCCUGAUUGCUCGGGAGACCUGUAAUAUUUAAAAAUGAUGAAUCGCUAAUUUUUUAAGGCCUUAGACCUCGUUAUCGAUGACGACAAUAAAAUCUUAUUAAACAGUAUUGUAAUUUAAGCGUUGAAUUUCUCGACUUAGACUUUUUUAGGGGAAAAAGUAAAGACCAAAAACCAAAACAACUACAAAAAAUUGAUAAGCCCUCCUCCAGUAUUCCCUUUCCUAACAUUUUUCUUAGAUGAAGUAUUUGCAUAAGGAAAAACGAGUACUUUACUUCCCCCUCCCCCCUGGAAAUUGGCACUCUAAAAUAGCCCCUGCCAUCACCCCCGAUAUUGUUUCCUGGAAACUCUUAACCGAACUAUCCAUUUCAUACAUACAUCAUUUUAUAGUAGAGAUAAUACAAUAGUUAUGGUAAUAAUGAAAAAUACGUCAACAACUUAUAGAUUAUAAUUUGUUGUGAGGUAAGACUAAAAUCUAACUGCGAAAAGUAGGCGAUGGAAUAUAAAAAGAUUUUAUAUUAUAACCAUAACAGAAUAAACAUUAAGACUUAAAUAAUAAGGAAUUAAAGGGAUAAAAUCGUA